AUGAAUAACAAGAAUACUCUAGUAUAUGUAAAAGUGCAUGGCAAGAGACCUGAUCAAUUCAAGGACCCAAUCCCGUUUGUAUGGACCAGAGACAAAGAGAAACAACUAUGGCAAACUAUAUCUAAACUAGAUAACUAUCAAGAUCAGAUUGAUUGGGACGAACUUUCCAGAAAUCUGGAAGCCCCCCAGUAUUUUUUGAAGAAGAGAAGCUAUAAAUUAUCUGCCAACCACUUGAAGCUGCUGGAACAACAUAUCGAAGCUAGAAUGAAAAAGAAUUACCAUGAGGAGCAAGAAGCGAACAAACAACAACCUGAUCUAACAAUAAAGCAUUCAUUGUCUGGAAAUAAGGAAUCGUUUAGAAGACAAGCAUAUACGGAAGUUGAUACAGAAGAAACAACUCUUAGGGCGUUUCAAAAAAUGCAAGCAUCUAAACUUUUGAAUAGGCGCAAAAUCUACGGUGGAGCAGAUAAGAAUGGUAAAAACGUUGGCUCCAAUAAUGAUUCUGACAGCGAUGCAUCUUCAAGCUUAAGCAUUAGCGAUUCAGCAUUGGAAGAAGCUCUGAUGGACAGAUUGCAUCUUUGA